UGGCAGCCGUAGCCGACCGUAGCGUGCCUUCUCAGCGAGACUCCCUUCCAUUCCCCCGUUUCAGUUCCAAGGAGGAAAACACCUGUGGCGGAUGUCGGCACGAAAACAGAGUGCGCCCGAACGAUAACCCAACAAUGAUCGGAUGUAAAAUAUCUUCUACUUUUUUCCGUAUAUCCACAUAAAAUCGUUUGCAAGAUAUCAGUAUUUCAUGAAGUAAGAUUCUUGAAGAAUUUUUGGAAGAAGUGUAAAAUUUAGAAGACUUCUUUCAGACGGAAGAAUUAUUCUUCAACUGUCAAAUACAAAUCGUUUGUGCAAACCUGUUGGAGUUCUAAAUAGGCCUAGGUAAACACAAAUAAUAUUGCAAUGGCUUGUUCGGCAGUGACGCUGUCUUUUGCGACCAUCACCGCUGUUGUGGCAGUGGCUUGUUUGGCUAUCGCUUUCGGAACGGACAAUUGGUACGAAAUUCGAGUAAAUCGAACAUCAAUCGAGGAAAGAGAGCCCGUACAGUCUCUAAAAGAAUUCGACGAAGAUGUCAGGUAUUUUAGUCGAGAUGUGGGCUUGUUUAGGAUGUGUUUCCCUGAUGCAGAGAAGCCCAAAAAAGCCCCUCUGUACAUGUCCCCGGUGCAAACCGAGUGCCUGAAUCUGGAUUACUACAUUCCUCAGAACCAAGAAAAUGAAAACACGAAGCGGUUCACCGAUCAGCGAUGGGAACGGAUCCAUAUGGCUCGCUCUGUCAUCGGCAUGUACAUCGUCGGCUUCUUCUUCAUCUUCAUCUCCUUCUUCACUGGCGUCGCUGGAUGCUGGAAGAGGUCAAAAGGCAACAUUUUGGCGACGGGUUUGCUGCAAAUGCUAGCAGCUCUUGUCGACGCUGGUGCAAUGGGCUUAUGGCACGGAGUACAUUAUUAUGAUUAUCAAAAGCUCACAGAUGAAAUGUCUUACUACAACUGGCCCGAUGUCCUGAAGAUGAGCGGAGUCACCCAGUUCUUCUACGGUUGGUCCUACAUCCUUGCCUGGAUCGGCGUGGGCAUGUGCCUCCUGACUGCCAUCCUCUUCUUGGGUGCCGCCUGCUGCGUCGUGCACGAGAAGAAAAUGGAACAGGCCAAGAACAUGCAGUACCUGAUGCCGGUCUACCCGGACAAGAGGCAACCCUAUGGUUACGGCUAUGCCUAUCCUGGCCCUUACUACACGCACGGUUCGCAAUAUGGCGGUCCGUACAGCUACUAGCGAGACGCAUUUUACUUAAAAAGCUAAAACAAAAUUAUUUAUCCUGAGCCUUUAAAGUUCAGUAACAAGAAACUGGGUAGAAAGUGCCAGAAGUGGAGAAAAAAAAAACGAUUCAUUCCAGAAAACUCUUAUUUAGCAGAAUAUUUGGAAGACUGUGCUCAACUCAAGCGGAAUGAUGCAAAUCAGUAAACAAUCAUGUGACGUUAUAUUUUAUAAGUAAAACAAUUCUGGUUUCUCCAUACACUUAUUUUGCUGUUUAACUCGAAUUUGCAAAAUGUGCUUUUUAUGGAGUAAAGAGAUGAAUAUAUAUUAUUAUUGUUUGGAUAGUAUACUCUCUUGUAUGCUCAUUUGUACUCAAACUUUAUUUUCCCCUUCAGAAAGAAUCAUCAUAUCUUUAUUCUAUAAUAUGAGGAUUUUCUUGAUAGCUCAGAAACUUUUAAAAUAUAAAAAAUUAGAUCUGUGAUCAUUAAAAAGUAUUUUUUCUCUUAUAAAUGCAGCAGCCAAUAGUAAUUAAAUUUUUCUCUAUUUCAUCACUUAAAGUUAAUUCAUAAUUAUUAACUCGCUUUUCCCCUAGAAAAGAUACAGCAUUGUUUUUGAAUUACAAGUAACGCUGCCGUUUUAUCAAAACACGGAUUAAAAAAAAAUACUGUGAUCUGAUAUUUUAUUCUUCAUAUUCACUCCCAUAUAUCCUAUUUCUAAAUUUUAAAAUAAUUAGGAAUUGCUCUAUCAAAGCAGUUUAAAAAAAAAUAGGAAUUGACAAGACUGAUUCAAGUUAAUAAAUCACUUUUAAAAUUAUGAUUUAAGAAGUAAAAUGGCUUUGUAUUUUGCUAUGUAUGUACUUAUACAGGGUGCCUACUUAAAUCCCUUACAACUCCCCAUUCCCACUCUUAUGUCAAAACAACGGCAGCUAUAACCGUGAAAGCAAUGUCUAGAUAAAAGUAAAAUAGCUAUGCUUACAGCGCUACCUGAACUCUAGAGUUGGCGUUCCUAUCUCAAAAAUGCCACAAGAUAGUGGGAAAAUGUCAUUUACAAAGUUAUACAGUGCUACUGAUUUAGAACAAUAACAAUAAAAAUAAAACAAAAAAUACUUUAUGAACAUUAAUGCAAUGCACAAAAUACUCCCACCUCUUGUUUUUGCUUGUUCACAAUUUUUACCAUAUUAGCUGGAGUGCCUGCACAAGCAACAAUAAUGCGUUUUUACAAUAUUGGCAGAACUUGCUAUUUGAGUUAUUCCUACAGAAAAAAUUUGUUGGAGUCAUUUUUUUUUUUUUUUAGUCCCAGAAAUAACAUUUCUACUUUUUUCCAUGUCUUGUGACGUUUCAAUUUCGAAAAACACGACAAAAAAAAUCUACAUUUCAAGCCUUUUAUUCUUAUGAGACACAAGUCUCAUUAUAUUCUAUAACUUUAAAUCGAUAAUACACUAUAACCUUGUUAUUGCUUUUUAUCUCGUACCGUUUUUAAGGUAGGGACGUUAUGUCAAGAGUUUACCUCUAGGUGGCGCUGUUAGUAGUUGUGAUGUUUAGGUGCCAAUUUUACGAUAUCUAGACGCCAUUUUCAUGUCUGUAACUGCCGCCGUUAUGAAAUUAAGGCAGGGCUGUAUAAAGAAUUUGAACGGGCAUCCUGUAUAUAAGCUUUCUAUAAGCAAAUAUGUACAUAUAUUUGUUUCUCGGGUGUUUUCACAUUGUGCAACAGAUCAAUAUUUGAAUGUGAGAAUGAAUUAUCUUCAAUGUGAAUUCACACAGAAGUGGCAAAUGAAAUGUGUACAUAAAUUAUUUUGUAAAUUCAUGAGUGCCUUCAUGUCAAUUUAUUUAGAUAUUAGAAUUUUAAAUGCAUUUACUGUAGUUUGUUAUCAUAAAUGUUCUAUGUAAUAUAGAUUUUAAACAAUUUUAUAAUGAAGUUAAUUUUAUAGAGGAGUUUCAAUUUCUACGUGUCUUUUUGUAGGUCUAUGAUCACAGGAAUUAUUUAUGUAAGAAGUGAGAAACCUCACGUCUUUUUAGGAAUUGUUACAUACGUGCAUAUUUAUUUUAUAAUAUUAAAAUACUAUUAAUAUUUUUCCUAUCUUCAAAGG